GCCUAAAUAACUUAUGAGGUUUAAGUACAGACAUGUUUCAACAUACUUGCAAAUUUUACAUGUUGUCAGUUGACAGAAAAUUCCACAAUUUGUAAACAGUGCUCAGAAGUUUGCGCUUAUAUAGUUUUCACACAGGCAGUUCAGGUUAAAACAAAAUAAAUGUAUGCAGAAAAUGGUAAGAGAGUUACGCAAUAAAGAUGAGAUAUGCGUUAGAUGCAUAGUGACUAGUAAGUUAGGUAACAAUGAACUGAGUUGAGCUCUAAUCAUAGAAACAAGAGACAAACAAAAUUACAGAUUAUAGAAAGGGAGGGUGAGAAUAGAGGCAAAGAUUACGUAAUCAGAUGAGAGAAAAAAAGCAUCCAGUUACCAAGGCAAGGAAAGACUAAUAACUGCUUCUUUCUGAACACAUAGAUCAGGUUUCAUGCGUUUGAUAGAAAUCGCUUCAGCAAACUUAAGGAGAAUUGAGCUCAUUUGCCUAUUGAUAAUUUUGAACGACUUUUCGACGUCCACCUCAUGACCCGUAUAUGGUCACAAGAAUUGUUUUUGUUUGAUUUCAUAAUCUUCAAUUGAAAAUAUUGGUUAAUAUAUUCCUUAUUGAUUAACUCAUUCUUGUUUCAUGAAAUCUUUAUCAGGUUUCCAUUAAAUGACGUCCGAACACUUAGGGGUUGUUGACGCGCUUCCAUACUUCGAUAAAGGAUAUGAUGAUCCUGGAAUAAGAGAAGCUGCAGCUCUUCUAGUCGAAGAGGAGAUGAAACGAUACAGGCCGACAAAAAACUAUUUGGAACAUCUUCCCUCUUUAUCGGGACCGAUUCAAAUGAAGUUCGAAACUGAGGUGAUGAAAGCUGAGUUUGACAGGCUCUCCAACCGUCUACCAAUGGAAAUGUUAAGUAUGAAACGUUACGAGUUGCCGCCGCCCCCUGCUGGAAAAAUGACCGACGUGAAAGCUUGGCAAGACGCAAUGGAGAAUGCUGAAGCACAGUUAGAACAUCAAGCAACAAGAAUUGAAAAUCUCGAAUUAAUGGCCGAAUAUGGAUGCAAUGCUUGGAAACAGUACAACAAUGUUUUAGAAAACUCUCUGCAAAUUUACGAGAAAGAGCUCUUGGAAAUAAGGUGACUUAUUAUUUACAUAUAAUGAAUGUGGUAAUCUAAGCUUUUGUAUUGUAAUGCAUUUACUGAAAGAUGUUAAACAUUCUACGGAAAUUAUUAAUUUAUAAAUAAUUGAGAAAAUGAGUGACAUAUUCGCCAAAACUGUUUAACAUGUGAAAAAAAUCCAGUCUUUACUGAUAAAUUUGUGAAAAUGCAGCAACAGUAAGGGAGUUUACUGUUACUAUUACUACCAUUCAGAAAAAAAGAUUUUUGUG